AUGGGGAACAGUACGUCAUACAUAACUACGUCAGAUGAUACGUCAACGACUGCUUCUACGUCAUCAACUUUUGAAAUGAUGCGUCAACUUAGUUACGAAAGUGACGUUUUUUAUCCAGAUCCUACACUACAACACGAAAUGAACUUUGAAAAACCAAGAGUUCCGGAUUUGACUCCGGAGCAUUUCCCAACGUGGAGAGUCAAUGAAAUGAACCCGGUAUUAUUAAAGUACAUGAAACGAUCAUAUCGGCCUUGUCCAGCAACAUUCAAAGCAUCGGCAAAAAAAUUGGCGGAAAUCUCUGCUGCUCAGAAAAUUCCGAAGUUUGUAAACACAAUGGGAGGAUCGCAAUGUGCUAAGUUACAUUGGGCUUGCUUAGCUGGCUGGUGUAUGUGCAAAUACCAAUACCAGCCAUUGACGCCUUUACAUUUACUGCCACACACGAGACUCACUUCAAGUAAGGUAAUUUCAUCCCAGUCACGUCUUCCAGGAAAUUCACGAAACAGUGUUGAUAUGUCUCCUGCUGUUUCAAGUAAUGACGUCACGAUUGAUGAUGACGUCGGGGAACUUUAUGAUGACGCAAUAAAGACUUUUGACAAUGAUGAUCAUAACGUCACUGAUAAUGAUAAUAUUAUACAAAUUAUGAGCAAAGAAUCGACGGUUUAGUUCCCGUCAGAAAGUUUCGGAUAUCCUUCACUAUAAUGAGCUAACUUAUGGUACUCUAUGAGGUGUCCAAUACUCUCGCUCAGUACAAGUUACCACAUAUAUUUAGGAAGUUACUGUAUUUUGAAAGAACAGAAAGGGCUGCAUACUCACUUGAACACUGGAUAUGUCCAACGUUCAUUGCCAACAUAGACAGAUAAGAAGAACCGGAGAUCUUUCUGGUUUGGCUUACCCCAUCCAAUUUAUCACAAGCUGC